AUGAAUGAGGUGGUCGCUGCGUGUGACACAAGAAAGGAUGAGCAGCGCCACACUACGGCGAGUGGCAUACGAAAACAAACGUGUAGCAGCUCCCCUAGAAGUUCGUCAUCUUCGUCGUCAUCUGCUUCUUCCGACAGCGGCUCGAGUAGAUCCCCGACGCAACCUUUUGAUAAGGCGAGUCCCGAUAGCGAUCUCAAAGCGUGCGAGGGAUUUCAGAUCUAUCGCAACUCACUAGAAAGUGCUUCAGGCGAGCGCCUCGUCAAUACACGCUACUCUCAAGAGAUGAGUAACAGCUACAACUUUGACGAACACUAUCACACUGUUGACCACCAUGAAGGAGCUGGGGCUCUUGAUGACAUUAAGAAACAGUCACACUGCGAACAAGGCUCUGCACAAGAUUCCGAACUAGAAGGCGACGCAGGACGAGACGGAAGCUUUAACGAAGAUGUUGAUUACGACAACGAGGAUCAGGAGCAUAAAGUAUUCGACCAUCACCAUAAUUUUGAAGCUGAGACCGUUAAGAUUCCACCGCAUUUGCGUGCGCUGCUGCACGAUGGUCAAGAUACUGGGAAAACAUUUAUUGCCACGCCUUCUCCGGGUGCCACCACAGCUAAAAAACGGGAACAACAGAGUCCCUUUCUAGCACAAAGCCCAAGCCCAGAUCUAGCCACUCUACCACGAGCGCCAGAGGACGACUUUGUUCUUGGUAACGAAGAAGUUUUUGAUCCCACGGACAGCUACGGUCAACUAAGUAAACUGCUGAGAAAAACGAUGUCGACUCGACCGUCUCCGACCGCGCACAUCGCUGCAGGGUAACAACUACUUGCCUACUCCUCUUUAAUAUCGGUCCAUUCCAACUUGAACUUGUUCUAUUGAUUUUUUAUUCCUGAUCAAGAUCAACUGUAGAAUCUGGCCCAGCAAGCUCCGGAUAUUUCUGAUUCAAGCUGGUCCAGAUGAAUUAGCCUGAACAUGUUGAUCUUCCGCGUGAUGUUGAAUUGACUACUUACUUAGCCAUUGUUUGUUGACUCACGACUCCAGCCUGCUGCCUUGUAUUGCUGACCCAACUACAUCGUGCCUCAUGUUUUGAACAGACCUCCCGUAACUGGCACUUUGCCGCCGCAAGGAGCGAAUAAAAGCGAUACUGCGCAAUCUGCGAAUUAUGUCGAAGUUAUGUACGACCCAUCGCUCGGCGUUUACUAUGAUCCUGCCACUUGGAAGUAUUACAAGUUGAAAGACUAAGAAUGAGUUUUCGUCGGAGAUGGAGAACGACGACUGUUCCAGUUCCAGUUGAUAUUUUCGAUUAAGGAGAGGAAGAGGGAGUCCGUGCCGUCUCGCCUGUUCCAGUUGAUAUUUUCAAUUAAGGAUCUCGCUGAGUUAGAGUUGCUAUUGUUCCAGUUUUUUUUUAUAAUGCGUUUAUUUUCGCUUUCCGUUUGAUGUUGUGGUGGUCUCAAUCAAAAGUAUCAUCAUUAUGGAGGUGCAAUACAAGAAUAUCAAGACCAAAGAAGUCGAUCACCAGUAUCUAAGAUGAUCCAAAGCUUUUUUAGUAGAAAAAUAGAACAACUCUGUAUCUGGUGUUGGUUCACUGUACUGAUAUUUUGCGAUUGCUCAUCAUGAGCGCGAUCAAGAUCAUCCCUUGUGCAAAACAAUAAAGAUAACACAUUUGUUUACCACCAUGUCCAUGACAUCAACUACAACUUUUUUGAGAAUAAUGUAUCUAUAAAUUUGCUCCUCAAGUUAGAGUUACUAUGAUUAUUGAUGAUCUGUGCAGUCAAGUGAGUUGAUAACUCGCUGAUUGUACGCCGAUAUGGGCUUAUGCUGAAGUAUUGCGACAGACUUUCAUGAAAAAGUAGAAACAGAAAGUCACACUCUCAUGCAGAUUGAUUGUGCUCUCCACUGAUUCGGCAUCGGGAGUUUUCUGCGUAUAAUAUUUCAGUUAUUCGGGGGCGGGGGGAUCAAUCAUAGAACAUGUUAUCCUCGUAAUUUCUUCCUUUCCGUGUGCGUCCGACUGCUCGGACUAGCAAAUAGUAAACAAAAACUAUGAUCUUUCUUCUCUCUUUAUUGCUACCAAGUAGGCCUCAGGCUCUAUGGCAUUGGCAUAUCGCUAGCGCAGACAGCGACAGCAUCUCUACUAUAAAAGUGAUCUUCGUUACCAUCUGCAUCUUUCUUGUUGAGAAAAUAGCUUCAACCUGAUUCGGUAUUGUGGAUAUACCGGCACCGCAUAGUGACCUUUUUCGAAACAAUAUCAAAAACAAGUCGCCUGCUAAAAUAAUUCGAUGGAUUGUGGCGCCGUGCCACACUUCUUUCUGUUGUACUUGUAGUAAGUAGUCAUCGUGGUGUCAGUACCAUAUUUCUAACAUUGAUUUUCGUUGUUUUUUCCGCAGGAUGAGAAACUCUGUCUUUUCUUUCCUGCUCGUUUUUCCGCAAAAUUGGAUAAAAAGGUCUUGUUUAGCGGCCCAAGCAUUUUUUCGGAGGAAAAAUCAAACGAUAUCGAAGUGGGACGCCGAUUAUGUAUCACGGAGGUCCUCGAUCUCGAAGGUCUUCAACGUCAUUUUUCUUUCUUAGUAUGUUCAUG